AUGGACGCGGCGGCGCUGGAGCGGGACGCCGUGCAAUUUGCCCGGCUGGCGGUGCAGCGCGAUCACGAAGGUCGCUAUUCCGAGGCGGUAUUUUACUAUAAGGAAGCUGCCCAAGCCUUAAUUUAUGCUGAAAUGGCAGGAUCAAGCCUAGAACAUAUUCAAGAAAAAAUAAAUGAGUAUCUGGAAAGAGUUCAGGCUCUACAUUCAGCAGUUCAGUCAAAGAAUGCUGAUCCUUUGAAAUCAAAACAUCAGUUGGACCUAGAGCGAGCCCAUUUCCUUGUUACACAAGCUUUUGAUGAAGAUGAAAAAGAGAAUGUUGAAGAUGCUAUAGAGUUAUAUACAGAAGCUGUGGAUCUCUGUCUGAAAACCUCUUAUGAAACUGCUGAUAAAACCCUGCAAAAUAAGCUGAAACAGUUGGCUCGACAGGCACUGGAUAGAGCAGAAGCAUUGAGUGAACCUUUGACAAAGCCACUUAACAAAAUUAAGUCAGCCAAUAUAAAACCAAAACAACCUCCAAUGAGAGCCCACUUUCCACUAGGACCUAAUCCCUUCCUUGAAAGACCUCAGCAGUUUAUAACAACGCAGUCAUGUGAUGCCCAAGGACAGAGAUACACAAUAGAAGAAAUAGAGGUGCUCAGGACAACAUCAAAAAUAAAUGGUAUAGAAUAUGUUCCUUUCAUGAGUGUUGAUCUGAGGGAACGUUUUGCCUAUCCGAUGCCUUUCUGUGAUAGAUUAGGCAAGCUACCAUUAUCACCUAAACAAAAAACUACAUUUUCCAAAUGGGUACGACCAGAAGACCUCACCAACAAUCCUACAAUGAUUUACACUGUGUCCAGUUUUAGCAUCAAGCAGACAAUAGUGUCAGACUGUUCCUUUGUGGCAUCUCUGGCUAUCAGUGCAGCCUAUGAAAGACGGUUUAAUAAGAAGCUGAUUACCAGCAUAAUUUACCCGCAGAAUAAGGAUGGUGAACCAGAAUACAAUCCAUGUGGAAAGUAUAUGGUAAAACUUCACCUCAAUGGUGUCCCACGAAAGGUGAUAAUUGAUGACCAAUUACCUGUUGAUCAUAAGGGAGAAUUGCUCUGUUCUUAUUCUAACAACAAAAGUGAAUUGUGGGUUUCUCUCAUAGAAAAAGCCUACAUGAAAGUUAUGGGAGGUUAUGAUUUCCCUGGAUCCAAUUCAAAUAUUGAUCUUCAUGCAUUAACUGGGUGGAUACCAGAAAGGAUUGCCAUGCAUUCAGAUAGUCAGACUUUCAGUAAGGAUAAUUCUUUCAGAAUGCUUUACCAAAGAUUUCACAAAGGUGAUGUCCUUAUCACUGCGUCAACCGGCAUGAUGACAGAAGCCGAAGGAGAGAAGUGGGGUCUGGUUCCCACACAUGCAUAUGCUGUUUUGGAUAUUAGAGAAUUCAAGGGGCUACGAUUUAUACAAUUAAAAAAUCCUUGGAGUCAUUUACGUUGGAAAGGGAGAUACAGUGAAAAUGAUGUAAAAAACUGGACUCCAGAGUUACAGAAGUAUUUAAAUUUUGAUCCCCGAACCGCUCAGAAAAUAGACAAUGGGAUAUUUUGGAUUUCAUGGGAUGAUCUGUGCCAGUAUUAUGAUGUGAUUUAUUUGAGUUGGAAUCCAGGUCUUUUUAAAGACUCAACUUGUAUUCACAGUACUUGGGAUGCUAAGCAAGGACCUGUGAAAGAUGCCUAUAGCCUGGCCAACAACCCCCAGUACAAACUGGAGGUGCAGUGUCCACAAGGGGGCGCUGCAGUGUGGAUUUUGCUUAGUAGACACAUAACAGACAAGGAUGAUUUUGCAAAUAAUCGAGAGUUUAUCACAAUGGUUGUAUACAAGACUGAUGGGAAAAAAGUUUAUUACCCAGCUGAUCCAGCUCCAUACAUAGAUGGAAUCCGAAUUAAUAGUCCUCAUUAUUUGACUAAGAUAAAGCUGACCACACCUGGGACCCAUACCUUUACAUUAGUGGUUUCUCAGUAUGAAAAACAGAACACAAUCCAUUACACUGUCCGGGUAUAUUCAGCUUGCAGCUUUACUUUUUCGAAGAUCCCUUCACCAUAUACCUUAUCAAGACGGAUUAAUGGAAAGUGGAGUGGUCAGAGUGCUGGAGGGUGUGGAAAUUUCCAAGAGACUCAUAAAAAUAACCCCAUCUACCAAUUCCAUGUAGAUAAGACCGGGCCAUUGCUAAUUGAGCUAAGAGGACCAAGGCAGUAUAGCGUUGGAUUUGAAGUGGUAACUGUUUCUGUGGUUGGAGAUCCUGGUCCCCAUGCUGGCUUUCAGAGGAAAUCUAGUGGUGACUACAGGUGUGGGUUUUGCUACCUGGAAAUAGAAAAUAUACCUGCUGGGAUCUACAAUAUUAUUCCCAGUACUUUUUUGCCUAAACAAGAAGGACCUUUUUUCUUGGACUUCAAUAGUGUUAACCCCAUCAAGACAACACAACUUCAGUGAUGGAGAAAUCUCAGCUAUUACUGGAUAU